AUGUUCACACGGUCCAAGUAUCCAACUGGUAAAUUGUGCAAUCAGUUGUUAGUUCACCUCAAUGGACAUCCAUCUUCACUUCGUUUCCUUCGGAGAUGGGAUGACGUUAGGCUGGAGAUAAGCAAUACAACCUUUUCUCGUGUUAAACACCCAUUGGAGGAAAAGGUUGAUGCUGUGAAACGAUAUCAGAAGCUUGACACGCAGCGAUACACGUGGAGGCGGCACAAGUAUCCUGCUGAGUUGGAUUUGGUACCAUUGUGUGCUGACCAGUCAAAUUAUUGCUUGGGCCCACAAUUAUUCAUUAUGACCCAGAAAGCUGAGCCUGUGCAUGCUAAGUAUAGCCCAAUUAGUUUUGGGCUUCUUCAUGAGAAUGAUGACAUGAGGAUUAGUUGUGGGAAUACUCUGAGCCCAUCACACUUGGCCCCAAUCAACGCUCUUUCAAAAUUGAUCAAUCAAUAUGCAAAGUUCUCUGGUCAGCGUGUGAAUUUUGGCAAGUCUUCCAUAUUGCUAAGUGUAAAUACGUCAUUGGAGUUGAAGCAGUACAUUCACAACACUCUCAAGAUCCCUUAUGAGUUUGGGGCUACAAAGUACUUGGGAAUGGAUCUUGGCUUUACCCAACCAAAGAAGAAGAUUUUUGAAUCGUUAAUUGGCAAGCUGCGUGUGAAAUUGACUGGACAUGAAAACCCCAUUCUCCAUGAUCCAACACUGGUGCAAAACGCAAAUCUAAGGGUGAUUGAUUUGAUUACGCCUACGGAUAGAGAUCUUCCACCUGUAGAGCCAGGAGAGAUAAAAGCUUGGAAAAGACUUUGGAGAGCAAUGGUGCUGCAGAAAUACAAGGUAUUAACCUUGCGAGUGCUUGCAAACGCGUUGCCUACUAAAAAGGCUUUACACAGGAGGGGUGUUCCGAUUGAGGGUCAAUCCUUCAAGGUGUGGUUUUUGGCAUGGAUACAAGAGGCGCCUCUGGAAGAAGAUCUAGUUCUCUCAUUGCACGUUCUAUGGCAAAUUUGGAUCGAUAGAAACCAACAGGUUUGGCAUGGUACCUCUCCGGAUUUAGCACUGUCCUGGAAGCUCACUCUACCAGAUCACCUCAACAGUCAGAAGCUCUUCUCUCGGAUGCAUCAUACAUGCUCUCCAGUGAUGGCUCAACAACAUACCAGCAUGAAUUUUGAAGCAGUAGUUGAUGUGGAUGGUUCGUAUCACCCUCAUAAUUACAAAGCUUCUGCAGCGUGGAAGAUAACAACUCUAGCAGGAGCCAUCUUGCAGCUCAAAGCUAGGCGGAUCAAGGCGCUCUCGCCAUUACAGGCGGAGAUAUUGACGUGCAUGCAUGCUCUAACAGAAACACAGAAUCUUGGGCUGCAGAGGAUUCUUGUCAGAACAGAUUGUAGCAUUCUGGCGAACAUGCAAGGUCAGGUCUCAACUCUCUCAAUGGAAGCUCAACAACCAGCAGAGGACUUAGAACGCUUAAGGUCUACUUUUGAGUUGUGUGUCAUUAGUAAAGUUAGGAGAGAUGUUUUAGUUGAUGUGCAUAAUCUUGCUUAUGCACUUACCAGUUGUAACAACGAACAAGUUUAA